GGGGGCGGUGUCGGUUGGCGCAUGCGCGCUUCUUCAGCGCGGGGCAUGCUGGGCGCCGUAGUCCCGGCAUUCUGAGGGGAAACCGAGAGCGGCGGCAAACGAAGAACGGACGGAGCCGAAUCUCUUUCCCUCCCUUUUUUCCCCCUCAGAGGCUUCGUCGUACCGGAGCGGGCGGCGGGAUGGCGCGGCAGGGCAGCCGCGGGGGCGCCGAGAGCAAAAAGAUGAGCUCGGAGCUCUUCACUUUGACCUAUGGAGCUCUGGUGACUCAGCUGUGUAAAGACUAUGAGAAUGAUGAAGAUGUCAACAAACAGCUGGACAAAAUGGGCUACAACAUUGGUGUUCGACUGGUUGAAGACUUCCUGGCCCGAUCCAACGUAGGGAGGUGCCAUGACUUUCGAGAAACUGCAGAUGUCAUUGCAAAGGUGGCGUUUAAAAUGUACUUGGGCAUCACACCAAGCAUCACCAACUGGAGUCCAGCCGGUGAUGAAUUCUCCCUUAUCCUGGAAAACAACCCACUGGUGGACUUUGUGGAACUCCCUGACAACCAUUCCGCUCUUAUUUAUUCGAACCUCUUGUGUGGGGUUCUACGGGGAGCCCUGGAAAUGGUUCAGAUGGCGGUGGAUGUCAAAUUUGUUCAGGACACCUUGAAAGGGGAUGGAGUUACAGAAAUCAGGAUGAAAUUUAUCAAGCGGAUUGAAGACAACCUUCCCGUUGGAGAGGAGUGAAUCUGAGAGCAGGUGUCCCCUGCUGAACUGGAGAAGAUGAUCUUAGAGUUGCCACCAGGAGUUCAUGGGCAUCGCCGUUCCCUCUCAACAUUCAGAUGCUCUGAUUGUUUAACUUGAUGACCUGCUUUAUUUCCUUAGGGAGCAACUUUGAAUUCUCCUGCGUUAUUUCCACAGAUUUGUACUGAAGAACUUUGUAAGGUGUAGGACACUUUUCAUACUCAUCAGAGGCACAUGCACCCAUUUCCAGUUUCCAUCGUUGGCUUCACGCAAAUCUACAGGAUAUUAAGACCUUGCAGUUUUGAAAUGUGAUACCAGAUUUGGAUGCCAGCUAGGGACGUCACUCUUAUCUUCCUGCACAUAAAAAACAUCAGCAUUUCUCUCUGUCCUUUCCUACUCUUAGGAAUGGCAGCCUGAAUCCGUAUCUGUAUAUAUCUGUGGGAAGUAGGCAGCCAUUUCCUCGCGACACAGGACACAGCAUAUAAUUUGAAAGUAAUUGUGGGUACUGGUGGAAGGGGCUCUGUCCUACUGUCUUAUUCCUGUUAUGAGAAAAAAACAUCCUAUUUUUACUUAAGCUAUCAUAUGGCCAGGCUACUCAGAGGCAAAAUAAUAGCCCUGCCCAUUAAAUUCAUGGCAAUAUUCUUAGUUUAAAUUAUUUCUAUCUACCAGCCUAUUUUACUGUCUCAUAAUGACAAGAAAUAUUGUGAGAAAUGCUUAUUAAGUGCUCGGCCACCUCAUGUUCCAAUCCCAAACCUUCA